AUGGCUCGAGCACAUCGCAUAGUCCAAACAGUAUCCUCAUCAAAGCAUUCUGAUAUGGGAGGCGAGCAGCACGAUGACGCCCCUGGGCGCUCAAAACCUGGAAGUUUUCAAGGCGCGCUUAUUCCUGGCGUUUCCGACGCUAGGGAACUAAACAGCGACGAACAGCAAGAUACGGAAACUGAACUGGAACAAGAAUCACAGCAGCAGGACGGGCUUUUAGUUGGAGACGAUCAUGAUGCAGAAGCACACUUGAAGAACCUUAAAUUCCAAGGUGUGCCCAAUUCAUCUAUCAAGCAACGCCCAGAUGGACCCGAAAAUGAAGAAGUAACGGGACAAAGCAACAACGGCGUCAAAAAGAACAAUCGUCAGGAACAGUUUUCCGAAUGGCGUAAGGAAAUGAGUCAGGCUUUCAAAAGAUUCUCUAAGCUGGCUGGAAGACGAAGCUCACGGCCAGAAUCGGCAAAACACAUAAAACCGCCGCUUUCGCAAAAUUCAAGUCCUGAGGAUGAGUAUACGCAAAGUUUGGCGUCCGAUCUUAUAGAUACCCUGAUUGCUGGCUGUCCUGCAGCGCUAUUUGCUAGCUGUCUUUUUCUUCGCGACGAACAUGGCGUGAGAAGAGCCCCUAUGCUUCUGGCGAUGCUAGGAGUAAAAGUGACACCUUCAAGCGGACAUGGAAAAACAGAAAACAGUGGUAAAGAUCACAAUCGGUCAGAACACGGUAAUUCAGAUGGUCAGAACAACAACCUCAGGUUCAAAUUGGAACUCGAGUACGGAGUAGGCUACAAUCGCAUGAAAUGGUCGGUUGUCAAAUCUUAUAAGGACCUUGUCUCGCUCCACGCCAAAUUGAAAUUGAUGUCGUUUCAACAGAGUGCAAUCAACAAGUUUCACAUUGACAACAACAACUUCAAGUAUAUGCAUCUGCCACAUUUUCCUCGUUUCGACGACGCCGCUAAAGAGGCAAACGGCUCUAUGAUCAGUGUUUCGUCUCAUGAAAGCUCUAUGAACAGAUCAGACGAAAAUGUGGUCAACAGGCUGCCAAGCUCACAACGCAGCCAUGAGUUUGAAAUACGGAGGUUUCGCAUGAGGCACCUGCAGGAUCUUCUUGCUGAGCAGGACGAUACCACGCACCCAAUGCAUGUGAGGCUUGAGCGGUAUUUGAAACUAUUAAAUCUUGCUCUUUGUCUCAGACCUCAGUCUAACCGUCUCUUCCAAUUUUACGAACUAUCUCCCAUCGGCAAUUUACUCAGCUACGAGAAUGGGUAUCAAGGAAAACAGGGAUAUAUGGUUGUGCGCUCAACUGCAAGCACACAGGGAUGGAGAGUUUCUCACUUGAAGCUGCAAGAUCUGCAGGCCAUGAUCGAAAGACACACCAACAAAUGGUUUCUUGUGAGGCACUCAUAUAUCCUCUAUGUCUCCGAUCUCCACUCUACUACGCCAUUAGAAGUCUUCUUGGUGGACUCUAACUUUCAGAUUAGGGUUCUAGGGGAACUCGGUACUGUGCCAGACGAUUAUAAGGAUUUCGAUCCCAUGGGAGACGACACCAAAAAGUUGUCAACCAAACUGAUGAUAACUCUAGAAAACAGUGAGCGAAAAAUACAGGUGCUUGUGAAAUCGGAGUUUCAACUUAGGUUGUGGGUCGCGUCGAUCUCAAAGAUGGCCCAAUCCACAAUUUGGUCGCAGAAGAAAAGGUUUGAUAGUUUUGCGCCUAUCAGAAAGAACUGCUUUUGCAAAUUUUUGGUUGACGGGAGAGACUAUUUUUGGGCUUUGAGUGAAGCUCUCACGAUGGCACAGGACGUUAUUUUCAUACAUGACUGGUGGCUUUCACCCGAACUGUACAUGCGCAGACCAAUUCAAAAUAAUCAAGGGUUUCGAAUCGAUAGAAUUCUGAAGGAAAGAGCGGAAAAAGGUGUCAAGAUCUUUAUUGUUGUUUACAGAAAUGUUGGCAGUACGGUGGGUACGGACUCUUCGUGGACUAAGCAUUCAAUGUUAAGCUUGCAUCCUAACAUUCAUUUGAUCAGAUCUCCCAAUCAAUGGCUGCAAAAUACGUACUUUUGGGCUCAUCAUGAGAAGUUCACGGUCAUUGAUCAUAGCAUAGCUUUCAUGGGAGGCAUAGAUCUUUGCUACGGAAGAUUUGAUACACCAGAGCACGUUUUAAGAGAUGAUAACGCGGACUUAAAGAAUCAAAUCUUUCCUGGAAAGGAUUAUUCAAAUGCUCGAGUUUGCGAUUUCUACGACUUAGAUAAACCAUUUGAGUCGAUGUAUGAUAGGAAUGCAGUCCCUAGAAUGCCUUGGCACGAUGUUCAUACUAUGACCAUCGGCCCUGCUGCUCGCGACAUGUCUCGUCAUUUUGUGCAGAGGUGGAAUUACCUUUUACGUCAAAAACGUCCAAGUAGACCAACGCCUUUGCUAACUCCACCGAGCGACUUUACAGAAGUCGAAAUGGAAAACUCUCCAUUGUUUCAAAGCAUAAAAGAUCGAUCGACUUGCGAGGUUCAAGUUUUGAGAAGUGCAGGGAGAUGGUCUUUAGGAUUGAAGAAAACGGAGCACUCCAUUCAAAAUGCUUACUUGAAAUUGAUUGAGACGUCGAAUCAUUACGUCUACAUGGAGAACCAGUUCUUUGUCACAAGCUCUAGUUGGGAUGGUGUCGUCGUCGAAAACAAAAUUGGCGAUGCUCUCGUGGACAGGAUUAUAAAAGCCAAUAGUGAAGGUAAGGCCUGGAAAGCUUUUAUCGUCAUCCCCUUGAUGCCUGGCUUCGAUUCACCCGUCGAUAAGCCUGAGGGAUCAAGCGUGCGAGUUAUCAUGCAAUGUCAAUACCAGUCGAUCUCCCGAGGAGAGUCAUCUAUUUUUGCCAGACUCAAAAAGCUCGACAUUGACCCGCUGCAGCAUAUUCAAUUUUUCUCUCUGAGAAAGUGGUCCGCUUUGGGCAAGAAUGACCGGCUAGUCACCGAGCAGCUUUAUGUGCACGGCAAGGUUCUGAUUGUUGACGAUAGAUCCUGUAUCAUCGGUAGUGCCAACGUCAAUGAAAGAUCAAUGCAAGGAAACAGAGACAGCGAGGUUGCCGCUAUAAUCAGAGACACUGACUUGGUAGAAACCAAGAUGGGCGAUGAGCCGUACUUGGCUGGUAGGUUCGCAUGGGAGUUGAGGCAAAGGCUGAUGCGAGAGCAUUUAGGUUGCGACGUAGAUUUAGUCGAAGUUGUGGAGAGAAAGUUCGGCAAGCUCGAGCAGCUCGCAAGGCUAAAUUACGAAACAUUGCACUUGCUGCAAGGCGAAGGGCAUAGUAAAUCGGCCAAAAUUGAAUCCGCGAUCAUUGAAGUAGCUUACAGAGAGGUUAUGCUUACAGACGCGAGUGAUUCAUGGAGGGAGAAGUACGGCUCAAAGGUGAGUAACUAUGGACUUGUAAAUCACAAGUAUGAGGACAUUGAUGAUACCCCGAGCUUCGAACAGGAGGAGGAAAUUGAGAAGAAAUCCAGACUGCCAUGUGCAGAACACGACCAUGACGGAGACCUGUCUUGCUUGAGCCAUUAUCACUCGUUCAACAAUAGAGCAGGAGAGGCUAAUUCGGGAAUUCGUGAUAAGAAACCAAUAAGCACAGAUUCGCGAUUGGUAAAUAAUACGGUUCAUGAGGCCGAUGUGGACGGUCUUGGCCUUGAUGAAUGGAAAAAAGUCACACACAAGCUGAAACAGAAUGUGACUGAUAAGUUACGCUCCUGGGCAGAAAAAGUUCUUUCCACGCAACUUGGUCAAAAUAGUAAGAACAGACGUACGGAUUCAUUUUUGCCCGAUCGGAAUGAUGUGGAAGACUACAUGAGUGAUUCCAGUGUUACUGUUUCCGAAAAAUGGGAUAUGCUAAAACGUAUAUGCUACUUGCAGUAUCUGUCGCACAAAAGUGAGCAGAGAAAACAUUCAUCAAAUUCAGGCCAACUCUCAAGCUCGAGAAAUUCCAAAAAUUCUUCUGGUCCGCUUUCAGAAUCUCCUGAAGUGAGCGAUGUUGGAUCUCCAGCAAGCCAUGUGAGCGCUGUGCAAGACCAUGAACUAGAUGACGAAAUCAUAAGCGAUAUGCUGGCCCAACUUCUCCCUCCUAUUGGAAAUCACGGCCCACGCAAGCAAAGCUUUCUGAAACUCAAAUUUAUAGAUCCAUACACCUUCGAGGAUCCUCUGUGUGAUGCAUUCUACGAAGACAUGUGGUUCGCAGUUGCCCUGCGCAACACGAUGCUGUUUCGCUUGGUGUUCCACUGCCAGCCCGACAACUCGGUGCAGACGUGGCGCGAUUACAAAGACUUCAAUCGUCUCCACGAGGAGUUUGAUCGCGGGCAGGACGCACUUAUCAAUCUCGAAAGAGACGCACCACCUCGUGCACGCUCGCACGGAGACGACGAGGAAUCCUCGUCUACAAGGACUGCUGAGAAAAGUGCGAACGGCCCAGCGCCACCAGCUAAUUCUCAAUCAGCGUCUAACGCUAAUUACAGGGGUCGCUCUCGUGCACUGAAGAUGAAGCUCUCGAGCAGUGUGCUUUACGGAUCCAACCAGCGUCUUUUUGACAAAUACACUGCACAGCGGAUUCUUGAGAGAAUCCACGGCCAUCUAGUCAUUUUCCCCACCGACUGGCUUGCUCGAGAGGUUGAGUCCAAGAACUGGUUUUACAGUACAGACAGGCUACCGCCCAUUGACAUAUACGAUUGA